UGUACCGAGAAACUCCAAAACACCUACUAAAGUGAAACCCGUCCAACUCUGUUGCACCAGUGUGAGAUUCAAGAAAAGAAGCAGAGGGACAACGGAGCGCCAGUCCUCCCGCCCUCCCCGCAUAGGAGGAAAGAUUCCCCGCAACGCAGUGAGAGCUUCGGGUGAGGAGAAGAGGAGAGCGGAGGGUAUUGGAUAGCCAACAACAACCAUGGCUGCUCCAGACUUAUUGGACCCAAAAUCAGCCACUCACAACACGAAGCCCCGCCUCUCCUUCUCCACAAAGCCAAUCACACUGAGUCCUAAGGAGGAAAGUGAGCAGGUUGUGGCUACAGUGAUGAAGUGGAAGACAGUCACCGCCAUCUUUCUCUUGGUGGUUCUCUACCUGGUGAUAGGAGCAGCAGUCUUCAGAUCCCUGGAGCAGCCUCAUGAGAGUGCCCAGCGUCUGGCCAUCCUGUCCCAGAAGCUAGAGUUCCUGUCUGAACACACCUGUGUUAACCAGAGCCAGCUGGAGGAGCUGGUUCAGCAAGUUGUGUCUGCUGUCCGAUCUGGGGUGAACCCUGCAGGAACAUUGACCAAUCACAGCAGCCUGUGGGACCUGAGUUCUGCUUUCUUCUUCGCCGGAACUGUCAUCACCACCAUUGGUUUUGGCAACAUUUCCCCCCACACCGAAGGAGGGAGAAUAUUCUGCAUCAUCUAUGCUCUGCUGGGAAUCCCUUUGUUUGGUUUCCUCUUGGCGGGUGUAGGUGAUCAGCUCGGCACCAUCUUUGGGAAAGGAAUAGCCAGAGUGGAGAAAAUGUUUGUGCACUGGGCUAUCAGUCAGACCAAGAUCCGAGUCAUAUCCACGCUGCUGUUUGUCCUAUUUGGCUGCUUGCUCUUCGUGGCGCUCCCGGCGGCCAUCUUUAAACACAUUGAGGGCUGGUCAGCCCUGGAGUCCCUGUAUUUUGUGGUCAUCACCUUGACCACCAUCGGGUUUGGAGACUUUGUGGCAGGUGGGUCAGACAUCGGGUACCUGGACUAUUAUAAACCUUUGGUUUGGUUCUGGAUUCUGGUGGGGUUGGCCUACUUCGCUGCAAUACUCAGCAUGAUAGGAGACUGGCUCAGAGUCAUCUCCAAGAGGACAAAAGAAGAGGUCGGAGAGAUCCGAGCACACGCUGCAGAAUGGACUGCCAACGUCUCUGCAGAGUUUAAAGAAACCCGUCGUCGUGUCAGCGUGGAGAUCUACGACAAAUUCCAGCGAGCCGCAUCUAUGAAACGCAAACUGUCCUCUGAGCUAGGAUUCAGCUCGGCACCUGAACUCACCCUGCCUAAGAGGGCCAUGUCGAUCAAUUUCAAUGACGAAUGGGAGAGGACCGAGAGGGAUGCUGGGCUGCAGGGCCUGACCACUCCACUGACCAGGAAUGGCGGAUCACUCAUGAACGGGCUUGACCCAGAAAGGGGAGACGUCUCUGUCACUGAACACUUCUAGAAGAAGAGGAUUCCCCAGACAUUGGCCAAACAUAAAGCGUGAAGAACAAAACAGAAAAUGAGCUCAAAUAAAGCAGAUUUUACUUUGGGUAACUCUCUGUUGUCUCCAACAUACAAAGUAGCUGCUGAUACGGUUUCAGCCAUUAGCCACACUUUUGGUCUGUUUUAACUACUUGAACAAUUGGAAAUGCAUGAAUUUGUCACUCUGUGCUUGUCUGUGUCUGAAACGCUCAACAUUUUCAUUAUGGAAGAAAACACAUCAGAUGUCACAUCCACAGACCUUGUAGGACUGUAGAUUUAGUCAAAGUAGACUCUGAUCCAUGCAGAGAGCAGCCUAGUGUCUCAAAGCAUGGGCUAUCUCUAGUACAUUUUCUAAGAAUUUAGGAUUUAU